UCUCUUUCUUUCUCGUUCAGUUGCCGCCGUUGAUUUUCCGGCAGCCGGAACGCCUUCGUGCCUUCACCGUAGGUCGGAAGACUCCGCUUCUUCGUUCGACUGUUUUCAUCCUUUUAAGCGGCGGAGCGAACACCGUCUGAGUUAGCGGCGCCACCGAACUCGACGGAAGGCGGAUAAUCUGGGCAGACAGAUCCGAUUUGGUUUAGUUUUCUGGCUCCAUUUGUCUGAACUGACCAGCUUCUGUCGAUUCAUGGAACUCUGAGUGAAGAGUUGUACUUCUCCGACCAAUUCUGUCAACUCCCCGGUGGUAUGAUUAAGUUUAUGCGGCGCUUCAGAGCCGUGUUUUCCUUAAUUUCAUGUCGAAAGAGCAAAGCUAUGAGGUCUUCUGUGAUCGAUCAAUUUCGUUCAGCGGGCGGUGUUUCAGGCUUAUACAGAUUGACGUGCAAGAACGAUGUUAAUGUUUCUGUAAAACUACAAAGGAGACAUUUUUCGAGUUCCGGACACGAUGAAGAAGGUAGGAAGCUGUCGAAGAUCAACGAGGAACAGCGUCUCAUGGGGGGCGGGACAGUAUCAAAGGCAAAUGAGAUCUCAAAAGUGGCUUCAGACAUCAAUAUGUUCAGUGCUUUGUUAGAUAGUUAUGUCAAGGAAAAGAAUAUUGCUGCCAUGUUAGAAGCUAGUUGCAGGCUAAAACAAGCUAAAUUCCCUAUGGACAUUGUAAUGUGCAACAUCCUUUUGAAAGCACUUCUAUUGGUAGGUGCAUAUGAAGAAGCCAAUGCUCUUUACAGGGCGUUGCCAGAAAUGAAGCUUACCCCAGAUGCAACCACAUAUUCUGCGAUGAUCGAUGGCUUUUGCAAAAUGGGUCAGGUUGAAGAGGCACUUAAAAUAUUUGACGAGUUUAGGAAAAGCUUGGUUUCUUCAGCAUCAUGUUAUAUUCGCAUCAUUGAUGCCCUCCGCAAGAAGGGGAUGCUCGACACAGCUACAGAAGUGUUUGUUGAGUUAUGCGAGAGAGGUCUGGAUUUGGACAUCAACAUGUUUCAUUCUUUGUUGUAUGCGCUCCUCGGUAGGGAAGGUGAAGAAGGAAUAUUGAGUUUGGUUUACAGAUUCGAAUCUUUAAAUUUGGACGUAUCUGUCACAAUAUUGAAUGAUGCUAUCUGGUUUUUAUGCAAGAGAGGUUCUUUCGAGGCAGCCAUUGAAGUUUAUGCGGUUAUUAGGAGGAUUGGUAUACCUGUUACAAGCGAGUCCUACUAUUUGAUUUUUACAGGGCUUCUAACUAUCAAAGAAAAAUCUUUAACCAGACCUUUGAUGAGCCUUGCCGUUAAAUUAUAUGCCAUGAGAGAACCUAUGGUAGGAAAGAUGGUGAUGUUCUUCUUGUGCUUGAAAGAUACCAGUAAGGCCCUUGCAUUUCUUAGAAAACUAAGAGAAAGCGAGUUAGAUGUCUAUUUUCCUUCUGCCGUUCUAAGGACACUAGUGAACGAUCUCAGAGCAUCAGAUGCAUAUUUACUGGUAGUAAACUCUGACAAUGAUUUGCCUUUGGAUGUGGUUGAUUACACGAUCAUCAUCGAUGGCCUUUGCAAGGAAGGAUUUCCAAGAAAAGCCUUAAACUUGUGCCGUUUCGCCAAAUGUAAAGGUAUCACGCUUAACAUCCUCACGUAUAAUUCAGUCAUACAUGGAUUGUGCCUUCAGGGAUGUAUUGUAGAAGCCUUCCGUCUAUUUGAUUCGCUAGAGAACCUGGGGUUAUACCCAUCUGUGGUAACAUAUGGCAUACUGAUUGACAAUUUAUGCAAAGAAGGUCUUCUUCUUGAUGCUGAGAAACUCUUGAAUGAUAUGGUUUCUAAGGGACUAGUUCCAAACGUUGUCAUUCUUAACUCGAUGAUUGAUGGGUACUGCAAGCUUGGGCAAAUGGAGAAUGCCCAGAGAGUUUUAUGCCUCCUAAAGGCGAAAGGUCUAAUGCCAGAUGUAUUCACUGUGAGCUCUAUGGUCAAGGGAUACUAUAAAAGAGGUGACAUGCAAGAGGCUAUGCAGGUGUUUACCAUGUUCAAGGGCGAAAAUCUCUCGCCCGAUUUCUUGGGUUAUAUAUUUAUGAUCAAAGGAUUCUGUACAAAGGGGCUAAUGGAUGAAGCAUGGGGCCUUCUGAGAGAAAUGCUUGUUUCAGAAUCUGUUGUCGAGCUGAUAGACAGAGUAAUGCUUGUUUCAGAAUCUUUUCUCGAGCUGAUAGACAGAGUUGACCCGGAGGUUGAAUCUGAACCGAUCAAGAAUAUUCUCAUCAUGCUGUAUGAGCAAGGAAGGGUUCUUGAAGCUCUGAAGAUCCUGGAAGAGAUAUGUUCAAAAUUCUUCCUGGAUGGCGAAAGCUCAAGUUCUUGUCAGGGAUCAAAAUUCCUGGACAAGCCUUGUGAGUCUCCUGAGGCUGAUGUGCAUGAAAAAGAUGAAUGGAAGGAAGAUUAUCUUACAGAUUUUCGGAAUCUUCACUCUGUAAUUAGCUCUCUUUGUUCCAGAGGGAAGAUUAAGCAGGCAAACAAGCUUGUUAGGUCUGUGGUCUCGGGUAUGCAUAGAUAGCUUGGAACAUCACAUUACCUCUCUUUUUAACAGCUAAGAGCUAAGUGCUUGCUUACACGAACUCUCAUUGAAGGACCCACACUAGAGCCUCUGGCUGAAUCAGAGGAGCCCGGGUUUUCCUGGAUGAUGCCUCUCUUCAAGACUCUGUCUUUCUCCUCCACAGGUCCGGCUUGGCUUUUCUUGCUCAUUCCUUUUCUGUCACCACAGUGGCAUUGGUCAACUCACUCCAGACCACUGUGGUUUUCGCCCUGAGGAAUCUCAUAAAAGUUUAAAUCUGUAUCCUUGUGUUUCUAAAGUAAUGUUGAUGAAGGAGAAACUCAGGAUACAUGUCAUUUCAUCCCUUUUCUACGCCUUCCGGGUCAACUCAUAUCAUCCAGGAAAUUUCACUCUUCUUCCAAGAAAGCAUACCCGGAUCAAAUCCCAGUGAAAUCCAGCGGUUUGGGCAGCCAAUCUCCAUCAGAGCCUGAACCAUGACUAGCUGUUUUCUUUCCAGUCUUCAGCUUCUCGAUUUCAAGUCUGGUAUUCCAACCUCUCUUUCUCAUAAGGGUUUCGAAAUUUAACUUCUCUCGGUAUGCUCUGCGAAUUGAAUCAUGAUCUGUUGAGUGAUUAUGCUGGAAUAUCGUUCUCUCACAGGCAACAGCACGGCCAGAUCCUAAAGGUAUGAUUGGAUCCCGGAAGUUAUCUGUUCCUCCUUCCAUAGGUUUAUGCCGUGCAUUUUCAUAGCCUAUUCAGAUCCCAACCAUAUGAUUGAUUUUGGUUAGGACGUCACUCAGAAUGCUUUUUGAUAAUCGUUGUAUAUAAAUUUGCAUUCGAAUUCCUCUGACAUUGGUUCUUUUAGCAUUAUUAUCGAGAAAAUGAUAUCACAAUGGAACCACUUCGUUGCCA